GUACUGCAUGUGUAUCUAUGAGAGCGGUCCUGGGUCCCCGGAAAAUGAUGGGCUGCCUUUCGCCGUGGCAUUGUUUUCCUGGUCCACACGCAUGCUGUCCUACAGUGAGCCCUCGCUGUACCAGAAGACCAGGGCUUUGUACUGGUCCAUUGCUGGGCUGCAGCGCAUUCUGUGGGCCAUUGGGCAUGAUGUUGGUCCUGUUGCCGCCAAGUGGAUUGAGGAAAAACGCGAGUUGUGGGAGGGUCAGAAGGGGCGCCGUCUCAGUAGCUCAGUGGCCACCGACAAGCAAGCGGUCGCGGCCUAUUCGUUUGAGUUGGAGUUACCCACCUAUUUGUCUCAAGCGGGUGCAUCAGAAGGUUGGGCCACAGAUAUCUUGACCAGAGAGAAGGUCAACGUCAUGGAAUCCUCUGUGCCAUUGACGAUGAAAUUUGAUGGACGUCUUGACUCCCGGCGCCAUCAGCUUGUGGACAAGGCAAAGACGCUCUUCGACAAUUUGACGCCAAUUUUGAAGUCCUUUGCACCAUGCCUCUUCGACAUCGAUCUCUUUUGCGGUCGUACAUUGAUUGUUGGAGACGCCGGUUCCGGCAAAUCUGUGUUGACCAAGCAGAUCUUUGCAGCGCUGGCUCAGAACCAGGUCAGGGCCGUCCAGGCACUUGCAGAUCUUCCCAAGGUCAAGGAUGAAGAAGGGAGAGUGGUGCCACCGAAAUUGGAUGUGGCAUUUCUACCUGUCCGCGUCCCCUUAGUUGAUUGGAGUCGGCAACUCGAAAAAAACCCAGACAAUUUGGAUGUGCUGGAAGCCGAUGUGGUGUCGGAUCUUCUGUCCUGCUGGUUGGCUCAAAAAUAUGGUGAGGAUUCCAAUCUGAUGAUGCUGGUCCAGGAUAUUCGAAACAUCUCGCUGGCCGAUGAAGAGUCUGAUGCCUCCAUGGGUCUGGUUCUGCUGCUGGAUGGCUUAGACGAAGCUUCUUCAAGGCCAGCGUUGGUUCACUGCGCCUGA